GGUCGCAAGGCAAACAGGAAGACGGGGGCUCUAACGGCUGAAGUUUCGCCUUUUGCGUUUUUCGUGUGCUCGGCGCUUUAACCAAACGACCACAAGCGACAGCGAUAAGCAGAGGAGUUCCAUCUGGUGCGAGUCAUCUUCCCCUACCACCACCACCUCCCCCCACAACAUCCUCCCCUUCCCCAGCUCCUGCUACCUGCCCUGACCGAUUUUCUGCCGGCCGUUUCGUGCCCGAGUCUUGCACGAGGAAAGGAAGCAGGGACCGCAACUCGACGAGGGCAUGGAGCGAGUCGUCUCCCCAUUUGCCAGCUUUACGGCGGUGGCCCGCGUACGGACCAUUGAGGCCUGAGUGUAUGACCGCCUGGAGGUCUGCAUAUGGGACAUCGGUGCCUAAGUGUCUGAACCUCUGGAAGUCUGCGAAAGGGCGCGUGGCCCGAAGGAAACCGUUAGUCCAUCUGGCCUCUCAUCUUCCUCAGUGCUGACAUAUCCUAAGUCAUUGGCUAAGGAGAGAGUUACUAUCACCGACAUCUUUAAUCUCUCGGCCGCCGAUGCCGGUUGACCGGACAGAAAGCCAGACGACCACACAAAGAGAGACGGUGGGGGUUUUGAGGGGGACAGCUGAAGGGGCUUGGGACUACUGGUAAGGAAAGUCGAGGUCCUCCCUAAAGGACCCUAAAAAACAGCAAAAACAACGGCAACCACCACCGCGACGAUAAGAAGGACAGCAGACAGCGGUUGAAGCUGCUCCCACCACCUUUUGAUGGGUGAGACCUUACACACCAUGUCGUCCGAAGCCAAAGCACAGCGCACAGACUAGAGUGGAUACCAUCUGCAACACCAGGGCCGUCAACUGCGCUCAGUCAAACAGCUUCGGGUCAAGCACUCGGUUAAAAAAAAACCCAAUAAAACAACAACCCCACAGUGAACUACAGCGUAAACAAAGUCUGCCGUGAGUUUAGAGUGAACAUCACCGCUGUGCAUGCUGGGAUACACACGCUGACAUGGCGGACAACGCGAAAGACACAGUCGCUGCUCCUUUUCUGGGGGAUGGCAGUGAGAACCACCAGACCCGGUCCCAGCCUGAAGACGAAGCUGCAGGAGACCCAGAGAAGGGGUCAGCACCGCGACCUGGGAGGAAGGGCACGAAAAGUCACGUGAGCACCACGUGCAGAUGCUGCAGCUGCAGCAAGGCGGUGGUGGUGGCGGCGGUGGGGAUCAUGUGCGUGGUGUACAUGCUGGCCAUGGGGCUGGGGCUGGGCCUGGGCCUCAACGCUGAUGCCACGCAGACUGACCUCGGGGUCAACGGUUCGCGCAAAGUCGUCGGCGCGGUGGCGGCUGACCACACGGACUGCUCUGAGGUCGGACGAGAUGUUCUCGCCAGAGGAGGUUCCGCUGUGGACGCUGCAAUAUCCUCGCUUCUGUGCACCGGGGUGCGACAACCCCACAGCACAGGCCUCGGGGGAGGCGUUUACCUGGCUGUUUACCAGAAGAAACCUCAAGCUGUGGAGAUGUUCGACGGCCGGGAGGUGGCGCCACUUUUAGCGACUUACGACCAGUACUUCAACAAGUCCUUUUUCAGGGGCGGUCUGUCUAUAGCAGUGCCAGCGGAGAUAAAAGCACUAUGGCAGGCCCAUCAGAAGUAUGGGAGACUACCAUGGAAAGACUUGUUCGCUCCCGCGAUCAAAAUGGCGGCUGAGGGACAUCCGCUGUCCCACUCGACAGCUCGCGCCCUCGCGCUUGACAGCAGCAAACUGAGCAGCAUCCCUGGCCUAUGCCGACUGUUCUGUAAAGAGGAUGGCAGGACACCCAAGGUGGAGGGGGACGUGGUGUUCAUGCCCGCGCUCGCCAAGACGUUGGAGGGGUUUGCGAAUCAUGGUCCAGACUAUCUUUACGGUUCCAACUCUCAGGUUGCUGCUAAGCUGAUAGAGGAAGUGUCUUCAAUGGGAGGUCUGCUGAAGCAGGAGGACUUAACGCGCUACCAGGUGCUCACAGCGCCCCCUGUGUCCGCGCAGCUAGGGGACCUCACUCUCCACACCCUCACAGCUCCUAGCGGCGGCCCGGUGUUGUCUCUCGUUCUCAGGAUCAUCAGCGGCUUCGGGCUGACCCCAGACGACAUCAGAGACCCUGAGCGGAGUGGUGCCACCCUCCAUAAAAUGGUGGAAAGCUUUAAGUUCGCCUACGCCGACCGCCUGAAGAUCGCGGACCCCAUGUUUGUCAACAUCUCUCGUCUGUUACACAGGAUGGCGUCAGCUGAUCACGCCGACCGUCUGCGACAAGCCAUUGACCCGCACCGCACGUACGACCCGCAGCACUACACCAACCUGUCAGCGGCCUCCUGGACAGAGGAGGGCACCACACACAUCUCCAUCAUCAGUCCUGAGGGCGAUGCUGUGUCAGCCACAAGCUCUAUCAACAGUUAUUUUGGCUCCCUGGUGGUGUCCGAGUCAACUGGUCUCAUCCUAAACAACCACAUGGCCGACUUCGCGAAGUCCGAGGGUCCUGUCCUGGACACACAGAAGGUUGGUUCACCGAACUACGUCACACCCGGAAAGCGACCUCUGUCGUCCAUGGCGCCCGCAAUCAUUGUGGACAAGGACGGCAACCCUCGUUUGGUCCUCGGUAGCGCUGGUGGCGUCCGCAUCACAACGACCAACGCUCAGGUUAUCGCUCGAAAUCUGUGGCUAGGACAAUCUUUGGAAGACGCCAUUAACGAGAAACGUCUUCACCAUCAGUUGUUUCCCAACGUUCUUGUUUGGGAAGAGGGUUUGAACCAGGACAUCUUGACCAAACUGCAGUCGUACGGCCACGAGACCAAGCCCCACACCAGCUACAUGGCCGUGGUGCAGGCCGUUGCCCGCGACUCCAGUACAGGGGAAAUAACGGCUUUUUCUGACCCGCGUAAGCACGCCGAGGCUCGUCUGCUGUACGAGGACGAAUUGAAAGUUCCGAUGUGAGGUCAGUCGCAGAGCUGUCCCUCCUGUGGAGGUUGCUAGUGAACUCUUGUUGACUGACUGAAGGACAAGUAGGUAUGAACAUCGGGUACACGUGGAAAUGUUUAAUCUUCACUCUGUUUCUGUUCUCUGUUUUGUUCGAUCAUGAUAAAAAAAAAGUCAGUACUUAUCAUUUAAGCUUAACUUAUCACUUAACUUGGUUUUACCUUUAACCCACAGAAAUUCCCAUUGGCUGAUGUGAAUGUGUGGUCUAGAAGAUGUCUCAAGUCACCAGUCUCGUUUGCACUUGAGAUCGGUGAUUUCAGACUUAUUUUUAAGACCUCUCAUGCAACCUAUCUCAGGUGUCUCUACUCACGACAGUGCCUUUACCAACAUUUGGAGGGUUUAUUCGUGCUGUAAGGUAGCACGAGGUCUGGAGUGUCGCUCAUCUGGAUGCGUUGACCUUUGUGUCUGUAAGAUUUCAAGAAGUGCAUGGACAUGUUUCCCUGUUCACAUAUCUCUGCUGUGUAUGACCUGUACACUAAUCUAACCUUUCUCUCUUUCGCUGGUUUUAAUUUUUAUAAAAUUAUUUAUGUAUUUAUUUUUGGCGUGAUUAAUGUAAGCAAUCAAUGCUGCACGGUUACACCUCUGCAGGUGAUCUCCCUUUCGCCUAACUGACUGACCGGGACUGUUGUGUUCCUCUUACAUACACACUGCACUACUACUAACGGUCCCUGCCGUCCAUUCUUCACUUUGGACAUCUUGUCUACAGCUCUUUGCUUUACAGACUAACUUGUCUUCCACUCCACCAGUACUUCUUCACUCCAUUUAGUUCUGCUCGUGUAGGAUGUCUGUUGAAGUCAUGAUCACCAGUUCUGGUAAGUCCGAUGAUGACUAUGUCUUGUGUCCUCCUGCUUGUAAGAAUAUUUUAACUACUAUGUUGCUUACCGAUGCUGCCUCACUGCCAGGAACAGAUAACCAUUGUACUCUGCUCUUUACUGUGUUGCUUCCCUUUCGCCAACCCCCGGAAAAAAGUUAUUCAAAACACGACUUCCAAUACCGAGCGAAAAUUAAUCUUUCUUCACCUCGCCGUGACUGCGAGAUCUCGUGCCUAUACUUUAAUACUGUGUUGUUUUUUUUUUUUUUUCUUUCUAUUUCUUUUUUUAAAAAUUUUUGAUCUGCGUAAUCCUUCCUUAAUUAGUUUAUAUUUUUAUUGUAUAUUUUACUUUGUUUUGAGCCGUACAACACACUGUGCCUACUUGUAAGUGGUGAAAUGACAUGUAAAAUGGUUGUUGUUAUUGUUUUAUUAUUAUUAUUAUUAAAGCUAACGAAGGAAAACGUUAAUUCUACUAUGUAGAUUUUUAAAUCUUGGUUUUCCUGUUGGUAAUGUAUCAUGCUUUGUAAUACACCGGAUAUAACUUAUGUCACUAUUUCCAAAAGGGCAUUCAACAUGAUAAAAUACUUGUUACAUGCCACACAUUGUCACAUGUUCGGCAGUGUUCACAAGAGGCUAAGAGCAACUCCAAACUAACUUUCAUAAUAUCAGAAGAUGUUGAAAGCACGACACUCAGCAUUGUGUCAAUGUUUGUACACGGAUGUCACUCAUGACUCAUGUUUCCCUGUGUUCAAUAUACGUGAUGUGUCCUUUGUUUAUAUUGCUUUUCAAUAAAAAUGUCUACCUUGAGUAACAGAACUGUUUGACAAGACAGGUACAAAUCUGCCGUCUGAAUAAAACCAGUUUGUUAACACAGAGAA